AUGGCGGGAACGGCUGCCAAAUUUGUUCAGAUAAUAGAAAAAUAUCCGUGUUUGUAUAACAAUAAUCUUGCUGAAUAUGCUAGAAAAGAUUUAACUGAAAAGGCUUGGAGUGAGGAGGCGAAAGAAAUACAAUGGACGGUUAACGAUUGUAAGGAAAAAUGGAAAAAUAUUAGAAAUGGUUUUGUUAGAAGUUUAAAACCGAAGACUAGUGGAUCGACAACUACAAAAAAAAAUACUAUUUACAUGAUGAGAUGCAGUUUAUAUUACCAUACGUCAAACCAGUAA